AUGACCAGCAAUGUAGAUGCUAAGCUGCUGAAGCAGACCAAAUUCCCACCAGAGUUCAGCAAAAAGGUGGAUAUGACCAAGGUGAACAUAGAGGUCAUGAAGAAAUGGAUUGCCGGAAAGCUUUCAGAAUUACUCGGCAACGAAGAUGAUGUUGUCAUUGAGCUCUGUUUUGGCUUACUCGAGAGCUCAAGAUUUCCCGAUAUCAAAGCCCUUCAAAUCCAAUUGACCGGUUUUUUGGAUAAAGACACGCCCAAAUUCUGCCAGGAGUUAUGGAACCUCUGCCUUAGUGCUCAAUCUAGUCCUCAAGGUGUCCCCAAGGAACUGCUAGAAGCGAAGAAGCAGGAAUUAAAACAGGAAAAGUUGGAUGCAGAAAGAGCCGCGGAAGAGGCACGCCGACGCAAAGAACAAGAACGCGAGCGCGAAAGAGAACUGGAAACUAUCAGACAAAAAGAGAGGUCGGAUCGCAAUCGUGGGUUCCGCGAUAAUAGAGGUGGUCGAGGUUUUGAUCGCAGGGGUUCCAGGUCACCCCGUCGUUAUAGUCCAGACCGACGUGGUGCACCUUCGCGCCGAGAGUUUGAUUCCUACGUACCGAGAGGCAACCGGCGAAGUCGUCAAAGCCCUCGAUCAUAUGCUCGUUCAGUAUCGCGCUCACCGUCUCUUUCCAGAUCACCUCCUCGUCGCUCGUACCGCUCAGAUGAACGCAACAGGAGACGCCCGCGAUCUGCGAGCAGGUCACCGUCUCCAGAUGGAAGGGGAUACAAGAGGAACAGGCGCCGAAGCCCACCAUACGGUGACGAACGAGAUAGAUCUGUUGCCCGCAAUGAAUCAUCAUCACGCUCACCUAGUCCCAGAAGAACCCGCCGACGCUAUUCGUCAGUCUCUUCGCGCAAUCCUUCACGCUCUCCAACGCCGCCACGAACUCGCAGAGGACGAGACCGCUCCCCUUCCCGAACUAGAGUCAGACGGAAUACCUCUUCAGUUUCUGUAUCUCGCUCAAGAUCUCGGCAGCCGAGUUACAAGAAUCGUAGGAGGCGGUCUUCAUCUCGUCGAUCGGAAGAUCGAAGCGUAAGAGGGUCAAAAACUGAUAUUGCUGCAAAAAGCCGAUCUUUUAGAGACGACCGUCGACUGAGUCGCAGCACUUCAUCUAGACGAGAUCGCUCUGUCUCUCGCAGUCCAAGCCCAAGAGGCGAUAGAAAAAGGCGUCGAUCACUUGAGCGAUAUGCACCAGCAGCCAGACGGCGGCACAACGAUUCUCCUGGCUCCCCACACGCAGAAAGGAAACAAUCUUCUGCAGACGUGGAGGACAUCAAAAUGCAGGAUGGCAGCGAAGGGAACUGAUUUGCAAAUGAACUGCUGCAAACAGGCUAAGGAGCGAACAAGUAACAAACUGCGCCUCUCCGCCAACGAGCUUCGAGAGAGGGUACUGAAAGAAAGGCUGAAAGCUAUGCGUCGUAAAGCGUCAAACGAGAAGACAGAGGAUGUUGCCUAGUUCAGGUAGGUUACACUUGUUGUGCGCAUAGUCAAUCCGGGAAUCCCUACUUCCCUCUCAAAAUCAGACACUAUUAUCGAAGUCGUCUUGCUUCCAGUUCGGACAGUAA